AUGUUUUUCAACUCGUAUGCCGAUUCAGCUGGUCUGCCUCCCAUGAAUUCUCCAUCUCUAUCAUCUUUCUAUCAGCACCCCAAUCUCAACCAGUACCAUGAUCUUAAUGGCUAUCCGGAACCGACCUUCAGUACUUCAACCGAUGUAUUCUCUUUUGCCGAAACCUUCCCCCUCCGGUUCCAGUCCCUGCUCAGUACCCCACCCCGCUACUGCCAAUCUUCAUCAAUUUCACCGCGGCUAUCAAACGGUUCGAUUGAAUCGAUGGAAUUUGCCCUUCCAUUUUCCCAAAUGGCCUUGCCGGAUUCCUCUGGAAGUGACAUUCCGGCUGCGUUUCUCCCCUCAAUUGGCGCUGGAGGAGUACAGUUCACUCAAAUCGGCAACGAAAUGUCGUAUUUGGAACCGGAAAACUCGAUGCCCAUGCUGCACUUAGAAACACCCCCCAGUUAUUUUUUCUCAGAUAACACCGAAAUGACGUUCCUCCAGAUUCCACAAGCGUGGCCAACCCAGCAAGCUAUCACCCCAGAGCCGAAAAGCAAGGGCAAAGUAACCACCCCAAAGAAAGUCACACCACUUUCCACAUCUUCUGCUGGUAAAACAUAUUCUAUCGCCGGUAGUCCCAGUAGCAAGUCUGGACAAACACCUCGAGCUAAAAAAAACGGGAGGAGCUCACAUGUGAUCUUAAGCGACUCUUCUACGAGUGUGACUCAAGGAGGAUAUGCCCGGAAGUAUGCCUGUACAUGGGAAGGAUGUGGGAAGGCUUUCACGACCAGUGGCCAUCUCGUACGACAUAAGCGGAUCCAUACAGGCGAAAAGCGUUACAAGUGCGCAAUGGAAGAUUGUACUAGUCGAUUUAGUCGGCAGGAUAACAUGUUACAACAGUAA